AUGGAUUUGUUUAUUGGGGGGCAUGAUGCAUUUUUACAAUUUCAGAAUCAAAAGCUUGUACAAAAGCUAGAGGCUCAGAAGGUUGAGUAUUCUACUCUUGAGAACAAGUUCAUUCAACUGACGGGGAAACAAAAUGUAUUAAAGAGUAUUCUACAAAAGCUUGAUAUUGCAGUUUUACACUCUUCCAAAGGAUGUUUCACGAGGAAUCCUCUUUUGCUAAAGAUGAAAAAGUGUGAUGAAAAGAGAAAUUUGGAAAAAGUGUCAUGGAAUCCCGAAGAAGAUCGUAAGUUAAUAGCUUAUAUAACUAGAUAUGGGAUUUGGAACUGGUCACAUAUGACCAAACCAGCAGGAUUGCAAAGGUUAGGGAAGAGUUGCAGACUUCAGUGGGUGAAUUAUCUAAGGCCCGGGCUUAAGCAUGGGAAUUUCACUAGGGAAGAAGUGGAUACCAUAUUUGAUUUGCAUCAAAAGCUUGGAAAUCGGUAA